AUGUCAGCAUCGGCUGAGAUCUCAACAUCGGCAUCAAUCGGACAAUUGUUGCGUGCACAGUUCGCUUUGAACAAUAUGACGACGAAUGAGGAGAAGCCGAAGACUGUUGGAUUCAAUGGUGAGUUGGAAUUUGGGGCGAGGAGUUUGGCUAACUUGAAAUCUAGAUUUUAGAUUCGGAAGUUUUUCUGGAAAUUUGUAUGACCACAAAUUUGCGCUUUACGAAAAAAAUUUCUUUUUUUCUCAUUUAAUAGUAGGUUCAGAUUAGGCCUCAGACAUCACAGGAUCAUUUUUCCAAAAAAAUCCUCUUACACUAACUUUUCUAAAAUUUUGAAAUCUAGAAAGACUAUGACUAUACAAUUUUUUUGUACGAAAAAAAAAACUUUUUUUUUUCGAAAAUAACAAAAAAAAGUUCCCACAACAAUUUGUUGAGGGAAUCUUUUUUUGAAAAUAAAUUUUCUGAAAACUAGAAAAUUUCCGAAAUUCCAAAAACAAACUGCAGAUCAAAAUUGUACGCCUUCUGAAUUCUAUUGAAGCCUCCAAAAGCCUUCUGAAGCCUCCAAAAGCCUUCUGAAGUUUCAACAAUUUUUCUGAAGUUUCAAAAAUCCUUCUGAAGCCUUCUGAAGCCUACAAAAGCCUUCUGAAGCCUACAAAACCCUUCUGAAGCCUCCAAAAGCCUUCUGAAUCCCAUUGAAGCCUAUUGAAGCCUUAUGAAGCCUUCUGAAGCCUCCAAAAGCCUUCUGAAGCCUCUAAAAGCCUUCUGAAGCCUCCAAAAGCCUUCUGAAGUCUCCAAAAGCCUUCUGAAGCUUCCAACAGCCUUCUGAAGCCUCUAAAUACCUUCUGAAGCCCUCAAAGAGCCUUCUGAAGCCUACAAAAGCCUUCUGAAGCCUUCAAAAGCCUCCUAAGAAUAUGUCCAGCGCUAGAACACCGUAAAUCUAAUCUCCAAAUUUCCUCCAGAAUCCGAAAACAUGCGUCUCUACGAGCUAUACAGCAACAAACGCGAAGAAUAUCACUCAACACGACCAUCCGGGCAACGAAAUGAGGAAGUACCCAUGGUAAGUAUCUAGUAGUAGGAGCAGUUGAUGACAGAUGUUCCCCCAUCCCCUUUUCCGAAAUAUAAUGAGAGUGUUCUUCUUCUAAAAUGGGAAGGAAGGCAGGUGUCACCCACCCGGGCGAGCACAACAAAAAUGUUUACAUUUUGUGUGGUUUUGGGAGCGGAAAGGGAAAGGGAAGGGAAACAUUGAAAGCAAUUAGUGGCUGAACAAUUUAUUUUUGAAAUUUCAAACAUUCUAGACUAGAUUUUGAGCAUUUUUCAAUUGAAUCAGGGUGAUCAUUUUUUAUUCUAGACUAGAUUUAAGCUCCUAAGCUAAAAAUAAGGUUUUCAGAUUAUUUUUAAGGGCCUUGGCUCAAAAAUAAUGGUUUUAAGCCAUCUUAAGGGUCGUUAGCUCAAAAUUAAGGGUUUUCAGCCAUUUUUAAGGUCCUUAGCUCAAAAAUAAGUUUUUUAGACCGCAAUUUAAGCUCCUAAGCUUAAAAUAAGGGGUUUCAAGGCAUCUUUAAGGUCGUUAGCUAAAAAUUAAGGGUUUUCAGCCAUUUUUAGGAGCCUUAGCUCAAAAAUAAGUUUUUUAGACCGCAAUUUAAGCCCCUAUAAGCUAAAAAUAAGGGUUUUGAGCCAUUUUUAGGGGCUUUAACUCAAAAAUUCGGAUUCUAGGCUAUUUUUAAGCUCCUGGGCUCAAAAAUUCGGAUUCUAGGCCAUUUUUAAGUUCUGGGCUCAAAAAUUCGAAUUCUAGGCUAUUUUUAAGCUCCUGGGCUCAAAAAUUCGAAUUCUAGGCUAUUUGUAAGCUCCUGGGCUCAAAAAUUCGAAUUCUAGGCUAUUUUUCAGCUUCUGGGCUCAAGAAUUCGGAUUCUAGCCUACUUUUAGGCUCCUGGGCUCAAAAAUUCGGAUUCUAGGCUAUUUUUAAGCUCCUGGGCUCAAAAAUUCAGAUUCUAGGCUAUUUUUAAGCUCCUGGGCUCAAAAAUUCGGGUUCUAGGCUACUUUUAAGUUUCUGAGCUCAAAAAUUCGGAUUCUAGGCUAUUUUUAAGAUCCUGGACUCGAAAAUUCGAAAAAAAUCCAGAAUCUAGCCAAAACCAUAAUUCCAGGACACCCUAGCUCGAGAAUGGGCAGCCGAAAUAACCUCAAUGGGUUUCGCCGAGCGAACUCCCGCCCAAAUCAAGCAACGCAUUCGAGACAUGCGAAAAUUCUCGCGAAAACACGCUCACAAGCUCGGUAUAACCGGGUUGAGCAAUUCAUCCUCUUCACCAACACCUUCAACGAUUUCCUCCGCAUCUGGGCUAGAUUUAGACAAAUUAUCAGCUGAAUUUAAUUGGGCUGAGACGAAGAGGAGAUCAAGGGGACCAGUGCCUGAUUGGAUGUCUGGACUGGCGCAGAUCAUGAUGACUGAACAAGAGAAACAUCAGGAGGAGGCUGAUGUUACGAGUGAUGUGAUGGAUGCGACAUUUGGACCGAAGGCGAAACGAUUGAAGUUGGCGAAACAAUCACAACCCAAUCAACAUACACAUGCUGAACUUAUGAAUCAACAAAAAGCGAGUAUUGAACAACAAUUGAUUAUUCAGAAAUUGAAACAGCAACAACAAAUUAAGUUGGAAGAGGAGGAAGCGAGAAGAAGAGAUCGGGAGAUACGAGAAAUGAGUCCGGAAACUGCAUUGAUUGAGAAGAAGUUACAGUUGGCUGAUGCGAAAUUGGAAUCUGAACGAUUACGGCAACAGGUAAUUCGGAUUCUAGAUCAUUUCUGAAGUCCAGAGCUCAAAAAAUUGGAUUCUGGCUCGAAAAUUCGAAUUCUGGGUCGUUUUGAAGCUAAGCUCAAAGAUUUGGACUCCAGGGUCAUUUUUGAAGUUUCAGAGCUCAAAAAUUAGGUUUUAAAACCAUUUCAAAAGUUCUAGGCUCGAAAACUUGGAUUCUAGAUCAUUUUUAAAGUCCUAGGCUCGAAAAUUUGGAUUCUUGGUCAUUUUUAAGGUCGUGAGCUCAAAAAUAAGGGUUUUAUGCCAUUUUCAAGGUCCUAGGCUCAAAAACAGGUUUUAAAACCAUUUUUAAGAUCCUAGGCUCAAAAAUUUUGGAUUUUUUAGCUCCUAGGCUCAACAAAAAUUUGGAUUCUACGUCAUUUUUCAAACUCCCAAGCUAAAGAAUGAGGUUUUUAGAUAUUUUUUAGCAACCUUAGCUGAAAAAUUCAAAUUCUUGGCCCGAGCUCAAAAACGAGGUUUUAAAACCAUUUUUCUAGGGUCAAAAAUAAGGGUUUCAUGCCAUUUUCGAGGUCCUAAGCUCGAAAAUUCAGAUUCUGAGCCAUUUUAAGCAACCUUAGCUUAAGAAUGAGGUUUUUAGGUCAUUUUUAAAGUCCUAGACUCGAAAAUUUGGACUCCAGGUCAUUUUGAAGGUUCAAAGCUCACAACUUCGAAUUUUGCGUCAUUUUCAAGGUCCUAAGCUCGAAAAUUUGGAUUCUUGGUCAUUUUUAAGCUCCCAAGCUCAAAAAUGAGGUUUUAGGUCAUUUUUAGGCGCCUGAGCUCACAAAUUGGAUUUUUCAAGUUACUAGGCUCGAAAAUUCGAAUUCUUGGUCAUUUUCAAAGUCCUUAGCUCAAAAAUCAGGUUUUUAGGCCAUUUUCAAGGUCCCAAGCUCAAAAAAUUGAAGUUUUCCCGCUGGAAUCUCAGAUCUCAACAAAACUUGUCAAUUUCAGGCUCUUCGACUCGAAAUCUCUUAUUACCAACGUCAAACUCAACUCUACGACGAACAAAUUCUACAAACUGCCAACGAAUUAGCCACGUCAACAAGUCCAGUUGUGGAUUUUCUGAAUUUCAAGUUAAACGGAUCGACGAAAAUUGAAAUGGAUUAG